AAGCCUCGGCAGGAGAAGGUCUAGUGUGCAGUUAUACCUUUUGACUGAACGGAGGAAGUCUGCUUCACCUCUUCGUUAACCACGUAAAGAAGUUUCACCGACAGACAAGAUGGCACCCAAAUGCAAAGUAUGCCACGACUUCUUUUCCAACGGUGACAAGGCCCCUCUGUCUCUGCAGUGCGGCCACAGCACUUGCAAAGAGUGCGUCUUGAGACUGGUCGACGAAACGGGCGAGAUUAAGUGCCCGACAUGUAGGGUUGUUACGGAAGGUGACAAUGUGGAUGACCUGCCCGUGAACUAUGACCUUUUGGAUACUGUCACAGAGGAUUCUGAGCCACCCGUUCGUCGUCAGACUCGCAUCAGUGUGCUCGUGAAGGACCUGACCGGGAAGCAGUUCCGAGUGGAGGUCGACCCGAAUGCCCAGGUCAUGCAGAUCAAGAGGUCCCUUUUCAACCAGUAUGGUUUAUCUGUAGACAAUAUUGCUCUCAUGUUGCACGGUCAACGCUUGCGGGAGGACGAGAGCAUUUCAGACAACGGCAUUGUCGAAGGGGAUAUUAUUGAAAUGACUACCAGAUACGAAGGAGGAGAAAUCUGAUGAUUCUGAAGAGCAGUGUCUGAUUUCAGGCGUUUCUUUAACCUUUUUUUUUUCCUCUUUUUUGAUUAUAUAUAUAUUUUAUUUGCGAGUUUUGAGCUUUUCGAAAGUUAUGUUUUGUUCUGGAGUUUUCAUUUUAAUUGACUAUUUAGCUUUUUUUUUUUUUUUAAUUUUAUCUUUGACUUUUCAAGCUUCGACUUUUUCAACAUUUUUUUUUGUUAAUAAAGAAAUCUUUUUAAUCUUCAUAUUAAAUUUUUCACUUUUAUUAUUCAACCUUUCAACCUUAUUUUCGACAUUUCCCCCUUAUACUGUAAGAAUCAAGACAACAAACAGUAUCUCUCUAUAUUUAACAAAACCUGCAAUGAUUGUAAAGUUUUAUAAAAGUAUUAUAACUCACUUUAUCUAUUGUAUGUAUGUUAUGUAAGGAGACAUAUGUAAUAAAACAUUAGACGAAAA